GACGUCACAUGACGUCACGACCUGUCUACUAGCGCCAUGCGAAAAUAGGAGAGGUAGGGAAGAUGUCCACGACCAAUUAUACUAUCUUUAUACGGUUGAAAAGGCUCAUUUGGUGAAAGUUAAAAGAUAUACUGUACCUAUGUAUAAACAAUGGUCAUGGCGGAGAGGCCGAAAGGACAAAUCCGUGUUGGAUUUUACGAUAUUGAGAGGACGAUCGGAAAGGGAAACUUUGCAGUUGUUAAAUUAGCAAAACAUCGGAUUACUAAAACAGAGGUAGCAAUAAAGAUUAUAGAUAAAACUCAGCUAGAUGAAGCGAAUUUGAAGAAAGUGUAUCGUGAAGUCCAAAUCAUGAAAUUGCUAAAUCAUCCACAUAUUGUAAAACUCUUCCAGGUUAUGGAAACUAAAAAUAUGCUAUAUUUGGUUUCGGAAUAUGCACCUCAUGGAGAAAUAUUUGAUUAUAUAGCACAACAUGGUCGGAUGAUGGAAUCAGAAGCUCGUAGAAAAUUCUGGCAGAUACUAUCAGCCGUGGAAUAUUGUCAUAAUCGUCAUAUAGUACACAGGGAUUUAAAGGCAGAAAAUUUAUUGAUGGAUGCAAAUUUAAAUAUUAAAAUAGCAGAUUUUGGAUUUGGUAAUUUCUUCAAAGAAAAUGAAGAAUUGGCUACAUGGUGUGGUAGUCCACCAUAUGCUGCACCAGAAGUUUUUGAAGGAAAGAAGUAUCUUGGUCCCCAAAUUGAUAUAUGGAGUCUUGGAGUAGUAUUAUAUGUAUUGGUGUGUGGAGCUUUACCAUUUGACGGACCCAAUUUACCUUCUUUACGGGAUCGUGUUUUAUCAGGAAGAUUUAGAAUCCCAUUCUUUAUGUCAACAGAAUGUGAACAGUUAAUACGCAAGAUGUUGGUAUUAGAUCCAAAUAAACGCUACUCAGUUAAUCAGAUCAAAAGUCAUCGAUGGAUGCAGUUAGAAGGCGGACCGCCUAGUCUACCUCCCUCUAGUCCUUUAAUCGGAUAUAACGCCAAAGUCGGGGAAUUCAACGAAAAAAUAUUACGAAUCAUGCAAAGCUUAGGUAUAGAUCAACAAAAAACAAUGGAGGCUUUAAAGAACGAUGCCUAUGAUCAUUAUACCGCAAUAUAUUAUCUUCUCUUGGAUAAAUUACGACAUCAUCGAAGUAGUUUCCCUACAGAUAACAGAAUCGACUCAAGACGCAGACGGCCGAGUUCGAUAGCAGAACAAGCAAUGAUGAGAGUAAAAUCAAAUCAAAUCACCUCUUGUGGACAUAAAACACCUCUUGGUCUGGUUAAACAAGGUGUGUUUAGUCGAACGACGGACUGUGUUAAUCCUCCCCACACGGCGCAGACCCCCUCGCCAUCCAAUAUAAAACGAUCAACACUAAGUGAAGCAGACAUGAAUCCCUCUCCAAUUGGAGUAAGUGGUUGUUUAGCAGACGUUUUACCUCAGCCCUUCGUUAAGACCAUGCAAACUAUCGCUGGUCAUGUGAUCACAACAUCUAUAGAUGAAGGUGUGGAAGCCGAUAUUUUAGAUCGCGAUACAGACAAUGAUCUAUUUCAGCGACGCUAUUCAAUUGCCAAAGAUGGAUACGGACUGAUUCCUAGUUGUGCUUACGGGGAUUUUAGCAAUUUUAAUUUUAUAAGCAAUAAUGGCACGACGACAAAUAACACAAUGUAUAGUCAGUCACCGUUUACGAGUUUUGAUUCGUCACUGGAAGCAGAUGUUAAUUCUAGUCUGUCGUCAUGUGUUCAAACAACUUCAUCUUCUUGUGCUUUAAGUAACACAUCUCUCACCCCUACGUAUUCUAACUUAGACAACAUCAAUCCUGCAUCCAUGUUACAGGUAAAUAAUAGUUGUAGCAUCGAAACGACCGGGUCACAGGAUGAACCAACUCAGGAUAGAUCCCAAACGAGAUCACCCGUUAAUUUCCGUGAAGGCAGACGUGCAUCUGAUGGGUUAGUUGCUCAGGGAAUUAUUGCAUUUCGUCAGCGUUUACGGGAAAGUAUGAGAGCCAAAGGUAUGUUGGAGUUACGUCAAGAGCAUCAGCAACUACAGAAUCUGUAUCAGUAUCCCCCUACUGUGAUGCCCACACCAGCAUCAGCAGCCGUACCACAUCGAAAAUUAUCAGCACCUCUUCAUCCUAGUUUUCGACAAUGGUCGUUAGACGAGACACCAGUACACUCAUCACGACGUCGUCCCUUGAUGAAGAGAAUGAGCCUGCCUUCUGAAACUUUUGACAUAGCUCCACAUCGACUUCUGGCUCUAAAACAGAGUCUUCAAUUAGAACAGCAGAUGGUGAAGGCUACCCCUGAUGACGACCCCCAGGUCGCCAAACAGUUGUACGAAUUCCCUCCAUCGACAACGUCACAGAUGUUACAGCACCGAUUGCAACACAAGCGACAAAUGUUUCAGGCCCAUGGACAAACGUCUCCACUUCAUCAGCAGUUUCAGCAACUGAAUAUUACUCCACAGAAUUUACCCACCAUAGAUUUGCGGCAAUCUUGCAAUGUUUAUUCGAACCCAGAGAAUCUCGGAAAUAAAAAUAUGUUUUCUAUGCCACCAUGUUUGGAUGCUUCAAAGGGUCUCCCAGAUUUAUCUAAAGGUUUGACCACUUACUUGCCUCAGACAAGUAUUUCACAUGACUGUUACAGCAAGACUGGUCCUGUCUACCAGUCAACUGUUCCCACAGCAACAUGUUCUUCACUGGACACACCAUAUCAAUCUCCAUGGCAACAAGACCCAGUUUCCAUGACAACCCAUCAUUUUAAUCGUCAACAGGAAGCUGGACUAAUGUUUACACUGGAUGAAUCUUGUGAAAAUGUGUGUGGGGCAUCUGACAUGCCCAAAGAGGCUGUGAUGUCACAUAAAACAAUGGUGAAUCCUGGUAAUGUUGAAACGUACAAUCAAUUUGAAAAUGUGCCUCUAGAUCUAUCUGUGGCCCCUGCAGAGAGAAAACGGGGAGUAGAUCAUAGCAGUGUGGUAUAUCCUUUAAAUUUAUUGUCUUUUACUGGAAAUCUGACUUUAUCAGAUGAUGUGCCAACAGAUCAAUCAGACAACGCAUCUGGUACGACGACGACGAUACGACAAGACAGAUCUUAUUUUGGUACAGUCGUUGAGGAACAAAUGGAUUUAACAUAAUUAUUCUCUAGUAUAGAUAGUGAUGAUUGUUUAUAUAGACAAAGAUGUGGGGCUAUAAAUCCUUUCUAACUACAUCACUUAAUAUUAGGUGACAAUUUGUUGUUUUAGUUGUCGUGGCGAUGAAAAUUAUACUAAUUUCUGAUGUGGUACUGCAUAAAUAUUAGUUCUUUAAAAGGAUUUAACCCACCUUGUUAUGUAUGUGUGUGGAUAGAAAGGAGAUUCCCCUGUAGGGUUUCUGUAGGGAUUCCCUAUCCUGUUAGUAAGAGAGGUCUGUACUCUGUAGAGAUUGCCCAUCCUAUGUAUUUGUAUGAAUUCCCCUUCCUAAAUGGAUGUAAGAAAGAUGUAUAGGGAUCCCCCCUCCUUUCCCCCAUUGUUUGUGUGCUAGGUUUUCGCAUGUAUAUUAUAUGAAUGUAGAGAUGUGUAAUAUUUCAGUCUAUUUAUGUUCAGUGUGAUAAGGUCUAUUACCUACAUUAUAAUAUUAGCUAGCAAACUCAUCAGUCAUGUCAGUAUAGACAGAAACAUUAUGGACACGUAUCCAGGAUACAAUAGUUAGGAAGAUUAUAUAUAUGUAUGCAAUCUAAGUUACACCAUAUAAACUAUACUUAUAAAUCACUUUCAAACAUCUCAAACAAUAUCAAUAUCCAAUAUUUAUUAUUGCAAGAACUAUUUCAAAUCAUGAACCCUUAUAUUUUUAUCAUUCAAGUGUAGAUUUGGAAAAUAAUAUUUAUAUGGUCAAUGCAUGCUGCAAUAUUUUCUUCAGGUUGUCAGUGUAAAAAUGUCAUAUUGAUGCUCAUAAAUUUACAUAGCUUAUUAGCCUUUGAUUUAAAAUUAAUCCAUUUCCUGUUAUUUUGUCCAAGACAUUUAGAAAUCGUUUAGGAGUAGGUAAUACUGUUGACACACAGGACCUGUAUAUUAUAGUAAACAUCAAGUAGAGCUCAAUUCUAACAGCUUUUUUUUGUGUAUUCAAUAUCAAAAAUUUGUUAUCAAAAUUGUUUAACACGUGUGAAUUUCACUUACACGUACAUCGAACAAUGUCCAUCUAUUGUGACAGUCUACUGAACAUGACUAUACUAGUUCAAAUUAUUCAGUAAACUUGAUAUACUGAAAAUAUUUACAUCUUUGAACUCAAUAUGAAAAUCAUAUAGUAAAUAUAUAAUCCUUUGUCAUCUAACCAUUAUUUUAUGUGUCAAAAAAUCAAAUUAAAACUGCAGACUUCUAGAAGUUUGUGUCUAAGCAUACAUUAAUUGUCCACUAAACUGUUAUCACUUAUGAUAUUGUCCAAUACAAGGUAUGUACAUGUUUGUAAAUUAUGGAUGAGAAAUGGUUGCUGUAUUAUAUUGUAUAGAGAAAAGAGGUCAAUUCAAUCUGUGCAUAAUUUUAGCAUGUGAUAUUUCUGUUAGAUUUUGUCGAACUAUUAUAUAUAGUGCUGGUUGUUAUUGUCUAAAGAUGCAUUAUCCAGACAUUUUAUCAUGUCUUUGUAAAUAUAAAUUAAUGAUAGCACAUGUUCAUUCACUAUUUGUAUCAUAUUUAUAGUUAUACAUUGUAGAAACAAAUCAUUAUGUAUCAUAUCAACCAUGAGCAAUCGUUAACCAACCUGUCUCUCUGUAUAUUCUCUUUUUUUCUGCAGUGCUAUAUAGGAGAAUUCCCUGUAUUCAAGCCAUACAACAUGCACAUAGCGUAGUCUAUUUUACUGUGUUAUUAAAAGGCAGAUACAUGCACCUUGACUAUGGUUGGAAUAUUUUCAUUUUAGGCACAGAUGUAAAAAAAAAAAAAGAAGGGAAAUACCCUUAUCAUCAAUUCAGCACAUUGUUUAAUUAUCAUGACACAGAAAAUGGGUUUUUCCCUAUUUCUCCUAUCUAUGUACCUGUAUAUUAGUAUAUAAAAAGUGUGAAUUGUAGACUUGUAUGUAAGUUAUAUAUAUAUAUUACACAGAUUAUUAUUAGUUGUAAUAAGGAUAAUGUGUAUAGAUUAAAAGUUAUUUGUUAUUGUAUAAUGUUAUUUUGUAUAGAGAGAAGCUAUUAUAAACAAUGUUAUUUUGUGUUAUUAAAAGUGAAGUUGUUGAUAUAUAUGUGUAUAGUUAGAUGCGAUAUGUAUGUAUACAAAAUAUAUUUAUGGUUCACUGAUCAAAUUUCAUCAUUUUAUUUUACAUUUUUGUUGACAUCAACUUUAUAGUUCUAGAUCAUAGUCGUAAAAUUUUGUCAUAAUAUUAACAAUUUGAGCCAAGGACAUACAAACGAUUUAAUUUUUUUUGUAAAAAAGAAAAUUAUGUGUUUGAUAAAUAGACGGGAAAGAUUUUUUUUUAGCCUACAUAAUUUGAUUGAUUGAUGGUAUUAAUUUCUUUGUUUGGUUUUUGUUGAGAGGAGAGAAUCAUAAUAAUUUAUGUUUUUAUAAGAAAAGCUAAGCUGCCAAAUAGGAACCUUGAUUCGGUCAAAAUAAAGUAUUGAAUUGGGUUGAUCUGAUGGGGGUGUGGGGGGGAUUAGUGAUCUUGUGGUAAACUCAAUUUCAGUGUGUUUGUUAAUUUUGGAUUCCAGUUUUGGCGCACUGUGUCAUUACAGGUACCUUAACCUGGGUUUUAUCUACGGGCGGAAAAUUGCUAAAGCAGACAGAUGUCACAUGAUAUACCACCUUGUAUAUUUAAAUAAUUAGUUUGCGAAUAUGGGUCUUUCGGCAUUGAGAGGAAACCACAAAGUUAAGCAGAGAGUGACCCAGAUCAAAAAUUCAGUGUAAGUUUGAGCAAUUGAAAGGAAAAUGUUAUAGUAUAAUGUUUUGGUACUUGAAACGAGUUCAUUAUUGCACAAGAUACAUUAAAAAUACUUAUAUCAGUAUAUUAUUAUGAACUUUGUAUUUACAAAUAUAAACUAUUUGAAAUAUUAACGCAAAUAUUAACCCAAUCUGACUAGAAAUUAAUGCAACCCUGACUUAUCAGCUUAUUUGAUCUUUUAAACAAAUUCCCCAAUAAUCAAGUCAGGAAUUACAGUGUGUCUACAAGUUUGUAUGUAGUCUAGAUAAAUCACAUUUUAUCAAGUAAUGCCCUUGGGGAGUUCAGCAUUCAGGAAGACUUGUAAAUUAGAAGUAGAGUUUACAUUUAAAAUUAAAAAGCAUUACUUUUCCUGGUUUGAUGAAAUCUAGUAUCAAGUAGUUACAGGAAAUAAGAACCAGUUCUCUCCGUAAUAUAUCAAUACGAAAUACACAUUUUUGAAAGGAUUUGAUUUUGAUUUGGGUGUGAAAAAUAAAAUUGUUGACAUGAUGUAUUCAUAGUUGUUUACUCCAAACUAUCUUGGGUUUAUAGAGUGCGAUCAGUAACGAGCAGAGAUUGUGACACAAUACAUUAUGGGAAAUGAUUAGCUGUCAUAUCAGGACAAAGGUAUUAUGGUGUUGUCGGAGGCCCAGAAAUCAUUUUUUCUUAAACAUGACCUUGAAUGUUAAAUGCUGUCAACAACAGCAUACAUGGAACAAGAAAUAAGACAUAGCUUUGGGUUAGAUUGAUGGAUAUACUAUUUGAUUUAAUAUUUAUGUCUGUAAAUGAACUUAUUGACAGUUUGCUUUCAUCAGUCUGUUGUUUAAAUCAUGAUGAAAAUCAUAUAAAGCUUUGUCAAUUUGUAAUUGAAAUAAAACAUCAAAUCAACCCAAGACUAUAUUAGGCCAAAUCUAAAAAUAAAAAAAACAGUGCUGCCCGUUAAAGAUUACAUCUUCUACACAUUGUAAUCAAUAGAAAUGUAAACAUUGUUUUAAACAUAUUUUUGCAAAUAAACAAAACACAUACGUUUUUUGUGAGGUCCUGUAUAUAAAUUAUUUAUCAUAGGUCAUAAAUUAUUGACUAGAAGCAAUAUAGCUUCCAUUUUGACACAAGACACAAGCAGCUGAGCUUUUCACAUGUUUUCAUCACUUUAUAAUGUGAUAUGUGAAGCUAUGUUUUUGACACACAAGACAAGCAUCUGAGCUUUUCACAUGUUUUAUGAUGUGAUAUGUGAAGCUGUUUUUUGUUGUUAAUUUUAACAUCACAUUAUUAUUUAUCCUACUUCGUAAUUGUGAUAGAAUUAUGACAUUUCUUGUCAAAUCAAUCUAGUGAUGGGUGUCAAUUCUGCAUGAUAUAAUGUCUAAGGGCCAGAGCAUAUUAUCAGACUUUUUGUUGACCACAUUGAUUUUUUUUUAAAAUAUCACCUGUUUGAUAGACUAAAAUUGCAAUCAGUGUUGUCAGUGAAAAUUGUUUUAGUGUGUACAUGCCUUUAGGGUGAUAUUUUGUGUAGAAGUUACUUUGUUUGUAAUACAAUAUUUUAUUUUUAAGACAUCAUUAUUUUUGAGUGAUUUCAGAAAUUUAUUUUGGAAAAUUGGGUCCGAAUUAUGAAUUGAGGUUGAAAACCUCUAAAUAUUUUUUAUGUUGGUUUGAAAGUAAUAUUUUUUUUUUCUUUGAGAAUAUUUUUGGUGUUUAAUAAAAAAUAAACAGAACUACACAUAGAUUUUACAAGCAAUAAAAGUAGUCAACAAUAAUUCUUACAGGGGUCAUGGUUAGAGUUAGACGUUACCUUAAACCUACCUAUGCCAUGGUUAAUAAUCACUUUAGUUUUGGUCACACCUUUUGUUGAUUGAGAAUUGAAUAAUAUAAUGCUGGAUACUUAAUUUGGAAUGGCUUACUAGGUAUCUUUGUGGUUCAUAAAGGUAUAUUUUUGUUUUUAAAAAAAAAUUCCUCCAAAAACAAAAUCCUAAAUAAUAAUAUCAUAUAUUCCUACUUAGGUCAAAUAUUACUUUGUUUUUCAAUAUUUUGUUUCAUCUAAAAAUAGAAAACCUUAAUUUUAACACCAAAUUUUACAAAAGAUGAUGACAAAUGGAAAGACAUAUCUGCUAAAACUAAUGGAGCUAAUUCUCCCUUGAACAUAUUAUUGAAUUGACUUCGAUAAACAAAGUAUUUUACUUGAGAUCAAUAAAGUAGUUGACAAUAUCAAAAAUUUUAUGUCAUCAAAAAUGGUUUUGUUAAUUUAGGAAGCAACACUUCUAGACUAGUCAGAAUAUAAUUAUAUAUUUAUAUGCAACAUAAUCAAAGUGGACACCCACAAUCAUGGUUCUUAGUAAAUACUGUUGCUAACCUUCGUUCAAGGUCGUACUAACUGAAUAUGAAUAAUAAAUCAUUUAUUCACAUUCUAAAAAAAAAAAAA